GCGCUACGCCCGCGCGCACAAAAAAUGUCAAAUGGAAAUCGGCCUUAAAUUUUUAUAUCCUGUUGCCGUGAGGAGUAUCCCGUCGUGCCUUGCGGUAUCUCAGAAGUACUUUCGUUUUCAUGGUGGAUAAGGAAGGGUUCGCACAACGAUUUCCCAGCUCAGUUCUGCUGAAAAUGGCCAAGCCAAAGCCAUAUUCAUGUUAUACAUUAUACAAGGAUAGUAAGCCUGUUGGAAAAGGGGCACUGGUUUACAUUUCAUUUGAUGGAAAGAAGACCCCUUCAUUUUUGACGCUGCAAUCGUUGAUAGAUCAGCGUUCAAAUGCUGGGUAUGUUUGCAAAUCAACAAACAACAACAAAAGUUUUAGAAUAGAAAAGAGAAUAUUGUUAGCUUAUCCAGGGCCUUGCAACCUUGCUCACUUUGGAGUGCGUUUAACCACAUUUGCUAGAGUUAAAGCGCUUCUUUCGGAUCCUUUUGCAAGUGAAUGUGCUCAUAUUGACACUGUAUGUAAAGGUUCAGAGGUUUAUAUUGCUGUGCAAGAAGAUAAAAUCAUCAGGGGACAAGUAGAGAAAGAACAAGACCUAGAAUGGCUCAAUAUUAAGUGUGUUGACAAGAAUGUGGACAUACAAGAUGGGUUAGCCACAAGCAGCCCUGUUUAUGAUAAAAAAGGCCACUUAGUGGGGCUUGUGGAUGAACAGAUUAAUAAAGAUACUUUCAGGAUAAUACCAAUCAAAGAGACAUUCAGUCCAAGUGCUGAUGGGACAAGCAACAGUGGAGGAGAUAUAUCUGAUGUUGAUCCUGCAAUGCAAAAUAAAUCAGUACAAGUAGAAAAUGAGAAAACAAAUGAAAGACUUAGAGGUAGUGCUUCACCAAAUUCGGGAAAUUUUGAUUUUGCUGCCAUUGAAAAAGGAGAUUUUCCAGAGUCCAAAGCCUUAUCAUCGAUUACUGGAAGUGAUGCGAAAGAGACAGCCUCAGAAAAUUUAGAGGAGCAUUGCGACCAGUUGUCAGACAUUGCUAUUGCAGAUGGCUCUAACAACAAAGGAGCAGACACUGUUAUUGCAGAUGGCUCUAACGACCAAGGAGCAGACAUUGUUAUUGCAGAUGGCUCUAACGACCAAGGAGCAGACAUUGUUAUUGCAGAUGGCUCUAACGACCAAGGAGCAGACAUUGUUAUUGCAGAUGGCUCUAACGACCAAGGAGCAGACAUUGUUAUUGCAGAUGGCUCUAACGACCAAGGAGCAGACAUUGUUAUUGCAGAUGGCCCUAACGACCAAGGAGCAGACAUUGUUAUUGCAGAUGGCUCUAACGACCAAGGAGCAGGUAUUGCUAAUGCAGAUGGUUCUUGCGACCAAGGAUCUGACUCGCGUUUGCUAGAAACACUUUCAGGGUUAACAAUUGAGGAUCUAGACCAAGACCUAAUACAUAGCAUUUCAAACCUCCUUGACAAGAACGGUUGGGAGCCAGUUGCUGGUGUCAUUUUUUGUAACGAAGAUGACGUAGAUGGCAUCAUAAUUACAUUGAGGUCAUGUCAAGCUGGAGGAGGACAACCUGCACUUAACUUCAUAAGACAUCUGUUUUCUUCUCACCCUAGCGAGAACGUAGGGGAUUUUAAACAGAAGUUAAUGGAAAUUGGCAGAGAAAAUGUCAUCCAGUUUAUAAAUGAAGUGACUGAUGAUAAGCUCUUGAGUUCAUUGAGCUUUGACAAAUUGUCAAUGCUUUCAGGAAAACUAGAAUUUUCACAGAAAUCUGUUAAGUACUGGAAGCACUUAGCACCUAAAUAUAAUCUCAGCAAGGUAGAUAUUGCUGGUAUCGAAUCUACGAAAGUUGAAUACCAGCAUUACAGCCCAACCGAGGCUUUGAUUCAAGCUUUGUAUAUGAGAAAGCCUGAAUACAAAGUGAGUGAGUUCAUCAAAGUAUUGGAGGAUCUCAAGUUCAAUAAAGUGGUUGAUAUCAUUAAGGAAAAAUAUUUGCCAUCAAGCGAUUGAGAGUUGUGAACAGGAAGACAUUGUUUGGGACUUGGGUGGAUGUGAGAAGUCGGACAGGGGGGUUUUUCAGGCGGGUUUUUGUCGGCGGGUUUGAGCAGAAUUUUUCUCUUCACAUACCAUACCGAAUUAGCCCCCUGGGGGCUUAUUUAUUUUUGAUAUUUUUGGACGGUGGCUUAUUUGAGGGGGGGGGGGCUUAUAGGAGGGGGGGCUUAGAAAAUUAUUGUAGACAAUAAGAAGACAUUAUUAAAAGACCUUGUUUAUUUUAGUAGAAAUUUCUUUAUGAGCAUUUAAUCAAUUACUACCAAAAGUACGAAUUUGUCGUGGUAAUUCAAUAAAACACCAUAGGCAACCUCAGAUGGCAAAAACCGUCAAAUUGAGGGGUCCAAUUCGAGAAUAUACGGUAGCAGUAGGGGCUUAUUCGA